AUGUAUAAUACGACUAAUCAAUUGCUACUACCGUUUGACGACAAACCGGUAGUAGGACUGGCCGUCCAAACCAAUAGUUCAAGUAUUAUCAUAGACUUAGACAUACCGUUACUAUCAAUGAUUGCCGACACCAACAACAACAACAACAACGGCACACAUAUUGUUGACGACAACAACAAUCAGCUACCGGUGCAGCAUAUACUACCUCAGCUGCUACUGAGCAUCAGUGGCCAACAAAUUGCUACACUAAUAGUACCCUAUAGUCUCAUAUUUCUAUUGGCCAUUGUCGGCAACUUACUGGUCAUUGUUACGCUGGCCGCCAAUCGACGUAUGCGAUCGGUAACCAAUCGUCUACUAUUGAAUCUGGCCGUCAGUGACCUACUAUUGGCCGUAUUUUGUAUGCCGUUUACAUUGAUGGCCGUACUGUUCAAACAGUUUAUUUUCGGCCAAUUAAUGUGCUCAUUGAUACCCUAUUUGCAAGCCGUAUUAGUAAUGGUAUCGGUGUGGACACUGGUAGUCGUAUCGGUCGAGCGCUACUACGCUAUAUGUCAGCCGCUGAGGUCGCGCGGCUAUCGGCAGACCCUAUCCUAUGCCUACCGGAUCAUUGGCUUAGUAUGGUUUGGAUCGUUGGUAUUGAUGUCGCCUAUAGCUGUGGUCAGCCGACUACAGCCCAUCGAAAACAUUGGCAUUUAUGAGUGUCGGGAGUCGUGGCCAACACCGCACCUGUUGACAGCGUUUACACUGUUUUUGGAUGUAUUAGUAUUUAUAAUACCAUUGAUGAUAAUGUCCAUCACCUAUACCUCCAUAGCAAUUACAUUAAGAUAUAAUUUAAGAUCAGAUCGGUGUCGUAGGCGUCGUCGAUGUCGACGACACGGCCAGUGUUUAUCAUCGGAAACGGAUCCCAGAGUCGUGUCGUUGACAACAACAAACACCUGUAUUGCAAACCCAGACACUACUACCAGAGCCUCAUAUGUCGACCAUAACAAUCGGGAACCACCUCAACAACAACCAGACCCUCAACAACCACCAGCACCUGUAAGCACCGUAGGACUGGCUCUACGUUCAAAUACCUGUCCACUGGUAGCCGAAGCCCGCCAGAAACGUAUAGUUUUGAUACUGUUUCUGGUGGUCAUUGAAUUUUUCCUAUGCUGGACACCUAUCUAUACGGUCAAUACGAUUGGCAUAUGGUAUGGCCGGGAAUGGACUGACCAGACAAUGGUCGGUACCAAUUGGUUAUCGUUUUUUCAAUUGUUAACAUUUUUUUCCUGCUGUACUAAUCCGUUUACCUACGGGUUUAUGAAUAGUAAGUUUAGGCAAUGUUUUAGACAAUUGUUUAAAUGUUUUUAG